UGCCUCCUCCAAGGGACCUCGGUCCACCCCGGAACAAUUUGAUUUCUUCCCAAUCGUGGGCCGACGUGGGCUCCUACCUCCCUUCGCCAGGAGCCCCCCCCUCCUCCCUAAGAAAAUCGAUCUUGGCUCUAUUUGUUGCUUGAUGUUCGCCACCCCCAUUUCCCCAGAGAGCGCUGGGUUUGUUUAUUUCUUUAUUUAUUCCCGUGGCCGAGACGUCUGGGACUUGGGGCUGCGCAGACCCGGGGCUGAUAGGCGAAGACCGACAGAAAUUAACCUCCCGCCGUUGCCCCCCAGUCGAGCGUGAUAGCGCGCGGGCCGGUUGCGUGACUCGUGACGUCUCCAAGUCCUAUAGGUGCAGCGGCUGGUGAGAUAGUCGGUAUCGCUUGGUUGCCUCUUUAUUUUAUUGGGGUGCGCCUGGUAAUAAAUAGUAAUAUUUAGUUUGUCGAAGACCACAAACCAGCCUCGAGCUGGGAGGUACAUACUACUCUUGACAGAGGUUGGAAGAAGGCUUGGCCUAAAAGGGGUCUCUUUUGGGGGCCCUUGGGAAACUCUUCACUUGAACCCCCACUCCCGCGCAAGGCACCACUGCUGGCUUCUGCGUUGGAAAGAAGAGGUGGGAUUUUUGGAGAGCAGGACCCUUCGCGGGGACAGGGCGCCGGGCACACCAUGGCCGACGCAGACGAGGGCUUUGGCCUGGCGCACACACCCCUGGAACCUGACUCAAAGGAUCUGCCCUGCGACUCCAAGCCCGAGAGCACGCUAGGGGCCCCCAGCAAAUCCCCGGCGUCCCCGCAGGCUGCCUUCACCCAGCAGGGCAUGGAAGGGAUCAAGGUGUUUCUCCACGAAAGAGAGCUGUGGCUGAAAUUUCACGAAGUAGGAACGGAAAUGAUCAUAACCAAGGCUGGGAGGCGGAUGUUUCCCAGUUACAAAGUGAAGGUGACGGGCCUUAAUCCCAAAACGAAAUACAUUCUCCUCAUGGACAUUGUUCCGGCCGAUGACCACAGAUACAAGUUUGCAGAUAAUAAAUGGUCUGUGACGGGCAAAGCAGAGCCCGCCAUGCCGGGCCGUCUUUACGUGCACCCGGACUCGCCAGCCACAGGGGCGCAUUGGAUGCGGCAGCUGGUCUCCUUCCAGAAGCUCAAGCUCACCAACAACCACCUGGACCCAUUCGGGCACAUUAUUCUAAAUUCCAUGCACAAAUACCAGCCCAGAUUACACAUCGUGAAGGCGGAUGAAAAUAAUGGAUUUGGCUCAAAAAAUACUGCGUUCUGCACCCACGUCUUUCCUGAGACGGCGUUUAUCGCGGUGACUUCCUACCAGAACCACAAGAUCACCCAAUUAAAGAUUGAGAAUAAUCCCUUCGCCAAAGGAUUCCGGGGUAGCGAUGACAUGGAGCUGCACAGAAUGUCAAGAAUGCAAAGUAAAGAAUAUCCUGUGGUUCCCAGGAGCACAGUAAGACAAAAAGUAGCCUCCAACCACAGUCCUUUCAGCAGUGAGCCUCGAGCUCUCUCUGCCUCAUCCAACUUGGGGUCCCAGUACCAGUGCGAGAAUGGUGUGUCCGGCCCCUCCCAGGACCUCCUGCCCCCACCCAACCCAUACCCACUGCCCCAGGAGCACGGUCAGAUUUACCAUUGCACCAAGAGGAAAGAUGAAGAAUGUUCCACCACGGACCAUCCCUACAAGAAGCCCUACAUGGAGACGUCACCCGGUGAGGAGGACCCUUUCUACCGCUCCAGCUACCCCCAGCAGCAGGGCCUGAGCGCCUCCUACAGGACAGAGUCCGCCCAGCGGCAGGCCUGCAUGUAUGCCAGCGCCGGGCCGCCCAGCGAGCCGGUGCCCAGCUUGGAGGACAUCAGCUGUAACACGUGGCCCAGCAUGCCUUCCUACAGCAGCUGCACGGUUACCACGGUGCAGCCCAUGGACAGGCUCCCCUACCAGCACUUCUCGGCCCAUUUCACCUCGGGGCCCCUGGUUCCCCGGCUGGCUGGCAUGGCCAACCACGGCUCCCCGCAGCUCGGAGAGGGAAUGUUCCAGCACCAGACCUCCGUGGCCCACCAGCCUGUGGUCAGGCAGUGUGGGCCUCAGACUGGCCUGCAGUCCCCCGGCGGCCUGCAACCGUCCGAGUUCCUCUAUUCUCACGGCGUGCCGCGGACCCUGUCCCCGCACCAGUAUCACUCGGUGCACGGCGUUGGCAUGGUGCCAGAGUGGAGUGAGAACAGCUAAAGUGAGGCCUGCUUCCUCACAGACAGUUGCUAGAGAGGGAGAGAGAGCGAGAGCGGGAGAGCGGGAGAGAGACAGUAGCAGAGAGAACCCCACGGACAGCAUUUUUCAUUUCAGUGUUCACGUCUGCACUCCAGAGCCCCGGGCGCUGAUCUAAUCGGCUGCUUGAAACCACAAUUCAAAAAAUGUGACUUUGUUGUUCCGUCUCAAAAC